AUGUCGACAUCCGAGGUAGCAUGCGAAAAGACGCCGUCGACGUCGUCGUUGGGCCUCUUCAACCUUGCCGGCAAGACGGCGUUGCUCACGGGCGGCACUCGUGGCAUUGGACAGGCAUGUGCAGUUGCGCUUGCUGAGGCGGGUGCCAGCGUCAUCCUCGCAGUGCGACCAGGCACGGCAGCCGGGAGCGAUGGCAACCACCCUGCGCUUGCUGCGAUCACGGCGGUGGCCAACCAGGCUUCGUCGCAGAAGCACUCGACUGUGGAUGCGGACCUUUCGGACCUGGAGCAGGUCAAGACGCUGUUCGAUCGUGCGCUUGCCCAAUCGCCUUCGGGUGCGAUCGACAUUGUGGUCAACUGCGGCGGCAUUCAGCGCCGUCAUCCGUCGACCGACUUCCCCGAGGCGGACUGGGACGAGGUGCUCAACGUCAACCUCAAGGCGGUGUGGCUGCUGAGCCAGGCUGCGGGCCGCCACAUGGUGCCGCGCCGCCAGGGCAAGAUCAUCAACUUUGGCUCGCUGCUCACGUUCCAGGGUGGCCUGACGGUGCCGGCAUACGCGUCGGCCAAGGGUGCGGUGGGACAGCUCACCAAGGCGCUCAGCAACGAAUGGUCCAAGCACAAUGUCCAGGUCAACGGCAUCGCCCCGGGCUACAUUGCGACGGAUAUGAACGAGAAGCUGCUCGCUGAUCCCACGCGUCUGCGCCAGAUCUCGGAACGCAUCCCCGCGGGUCGAUGGGGCGACCCGGCCGACUUCAAGGGCCCUCUGCUCUUCCUCGCUUCGCAGGCAAGCCAGUACGUCAGCGGCGAGAUGCUCGUCGUCGACGGCGGCUGGAUGGGUCGUUGA